AUGGCUACUUCUCAUUUCGAAAUCCCUUCUGAAUUCCAAGACAAGAUUCGGUAUGUUGAGCCCCUCGACUUGAGGUCAGAUGAGGAAAUCCUCGAAGCUCUCACCCGACCUCCGCCUGUGGCUUCGGAAAAGAACAUAUGGGCUUUUUGGCAUGCUGGCAUUCGGGACAUGCCUCCCUGGUGCCAGCGCAAUAUCAUUGCUUGGUCACGCAUUUGUGGUCCCCAAUGGACAAUCCGUGUCCUCGACGUAGUCGAUAAUUCCCCGAACAAUGCUUUGAACUGGGUCAAGGAAGAGGAUCUUCCCAAGGCCUUCACAACAAAGACCAUGGAUGGCCCUCUAGGAUACACUGGUCCCCACAGUGCAGAUUUUCUCCGUGGCAUCUGUCUAUACCAGUAUGGCGGAGCUUGGAUGGAUGUUGGCUCCAUCUUAUUUCGUUCGAUUGAUGAAAUCUGCUGGCGAAAGCUAGAGGAUGCAAAUGAACCGUACCAAGUUGCUGGCCCGUGGAUGUACCAACGAGGCAUUGCGAACCACUUCAUAGCCAGCCGCAAGGGUGAUCCGUUCAUUAAACACUGGCAUGACUUAUUCAUGGAGCUCUGGAAGGAUCGGACAAGCGCGAACGGUCUCUAUGAGCAUCCUUUAAUGGCACAUGCGAAGGAUAUCAAGCUUGAGGACGUUGAGGCUAGGGGCUUCUCUUGGAGCUGGGAUACGCCGAUUCCCAUAGUACUCGAGUACAUCGCGCAGAUUUGCUGUUGGAUACGACUCAGCAUACUGAAGGAGCCAAAUGAUGGCUUUGACGGUGCUAAUUAUUAUGAGAAGAAGAUACUUCUGUUUGACGCAUUGUGGGAAGAUUGGCCGGCGGAAGCCCUGAUCGGAUGGAAUGGAGAGGAGCUAUUUGACUUGCUCAACACUAGGCUUGACGCCGAUUCGGAGUCCGAGGCGUACAAAAAGGCGUAUAAGACAGUUUGGUAUUUGUUGGCAUCAUCGACAAUGCAGAAGGUUACACGUGCGGGCGGUCUUACCACAACGAAGGCCCUAGGCGCGCUAUGGGAUAUGAAGGAGAAUGAGGAAAAGGAUCGCGAGCCUGGUACAUUCGCUGAGUUGUUGCGUUACGGAAGUGUGCAUUUUCGACAAACUCGAGAGGCCCCAUACGUCCCUCCUAUGGAGGCUCAGGGAAUCAUUCACAAAGGCGUCUUGGAGCCAUAA